AUGGUGCGUCCUCCUCCUCCGAACAAUGACCGGGACGCCCUGCGCAAUUCCGUGAAUGGAGAAUUCACAGAAGCGCCUCUUCUGGAAACAAGCGGAGUAAGUCGCACAGAGUUCUGCGAGGCUCGCUCCCGAGUAAUGAAAUGCAUGCUCUUCCGUGGCUUGUUUACUCGGGACACGGCGCUACCGACCUUGCACCCUCUGGCCCCGCCUCUUUGCCAUGGCCACGCCCCCGAACGCGCCUAUUGGGCGAUUCCCGGCAGCCGCGCGCCACCAUUGGCCGAGGCGCGCACCGGCGGGCGGGCGCGGCGGCGCCCGGAGGGCAGUCAGCUGACCGUCGCGGGGCCCGUCCACUCCCCCUCGCAGCUGCCCGCGGCCGCCGAGGGCUCCGCGAUGGUGGGUGCGCGCGGCUGGCCGGGGCUGCUCCGCGGCUGGGCCGCCGCCGCCGUGUGGCUGGGCUGCGUGGCGGUGCGCGGCGAGGCCUCGGCCGCCGCCGGGCUCCCGCGCCCCUCCCCUUCCCCCGGCGGCGCGCGCGGCCGCUACCGCCUGUGCAGCCCCGCGGGGCCCGGGCACCAGUGGGCGCCCGCCGCGCCCGGCGACGCCGUCCUGGUGGUGGAGGACGAGGGCGGCGGCGGCGGCGAGAGGGUGGCGGCCGUGGCGCGCCCGCCGGCGCUGGCGCCCUGGCUGCUGGGCACGCUGGUGGCCGUGCUGCUGGCCGCGCUGGCGCUGCUGCGGACGCUGCAGCUGAGCACGCUGUGGCUGGACCCCGUGGAGAUGUACGUGCUGCGGGACUGCGGCUCGGAGGCCGAGCGGGAGGCCUGCAAGGCGCUGGAGCCCGUCCGGCAGCGCGGGGCCUUCGUGCUGUGCUCGCUGCUGCUGCUCGGCGCCGUGGCGCACGCCGCGCUGGCCGUCCUCUUCUACCAGGCCGUGGGGACCGUGGCCCCGGCCGUGCUGGGCGUGGCCGGCCUGGUGUUCCUGCUGGCGGAGGUGCUGCCCUUCGCCGUCAGCUCCCGGUGGGGGCUGCGGCUGGCUCCCCGGGGCCUCUGGCUGACCCAGCUCUGCAUGCUGCUGACUUUCCCCGUCUCGCUGCCGCUGAGCAAAGUGCUGGAGCUGGCUCUGCGCCACGACACAAGCACGUGCCUCCUGCGCGAGAAGAUCCUGGACAUGGUGCGCAACUCCGACCCCUACAACGAGUUUGUGCGGGAGGAGUUCAGCAAGGGUGCCCUGCGCAACAAGACCGUCGAGGAUGUGCUGACGCCGCUGGAUGAGUGCUUCAUGCUCAACGCCAGCACCACGCUGGACUUCAACAACAUGUCCAUGAUCAUGCAGAGCGGAUACACGCGCAUCCCUGUCUACGAGGACGAGCGCACCAACCUGGUGGACAUGCUCUAUGUCAAGGACCUGGCCAUGGUGGACCCCGACGACUGCACCCCGCUCAGCACCAUCAUCAAGUUCUACAACCACCCGCUCCACUUCGUGUUCAACGACACCAAGCUGGACGCGGUGCUGGAGGAGUUCAAGCGAGGCAAAUCUCACAUGGCCAUUGUCCAGAAGGUAAACAAUGAAGGCGAAGGUGACCCUUUCUACGAAGUCAUGGGCUUGGUGACACUGGAAGAUGUGAUUGAGGAGAUCAUAAAAUCAGAGAUCAUGGACGAGUCAGAUGACUACAGGGAGAACAAAUUGAAGAAGAAGCCGCCCCCCCUUGGAACCCUGAUGGAACGCAGGAAAGAAGACUUCUCCCUGUUUAAGGUGUCUGACAGUGAGUACAGGGUGAAGAUCUCCCCACAGCUACUCCUGGCCACGCAGCGCUUCUUAUCCAGAGAGGUGGACCUCUUCAGUCCGGCACGCAUCUCCGAGAAGGUCCUGCUGCACCUCCUGAAGCACCCCAGCGUCAACCAGGAGGUCAGGUUCAAUGACGCCAACCGCCUGGCUGCAGAACACUACCUGUACCAGCGCAACCAGCCGGUCAAUUACUUCAUCCUCAUCCUUCAGGGCAAGGUGGAAGUCGAGAUUGGAAAGGAGGGACUGAAGUUUGAGAACGGAGCCUUCACCUAUUACGGCGUCUCUGCACUAACGGCCCCUUCAUCAGUCCACCAGUCCCCGGUGUCCACUCUACGAAUGAACCGCCGUGAGCAGCAGCUUGACUGCACUGAGACCACCAACUAUUCUGCCUACUGUCCCGACUACACGGUCCGGGCACUCACCGACCUGCAGUUCAUCAAGGUGACCCGGCUGCAGUAUCUCAACGCCCUCAUGGCCUCGCGGAUACAGAACUCUCCCCAGUCUCCGGACACCAUCGAACUGAAGGUCGUUCCCAGCAGCCAGACGAAACUUCUGAAUGACAGGAACGCCACACCAGGGAAAAGCAGAAGCAAACUCAACCUACUGGAAGAAGAGAGCCAGAGCACAGGGGUCUGACCUUCCGGAGGCAGCUGUGAGGCGGAGGGUGGGCGAGCGUGGCAGGGGGGCCCGCUCCCGGCUGCCACCCGUGGCUCCAACGGACCUUUGGUUUGCUGCCAGCAUCCCGAGCUGGACUCCCUGAGCUGUGAGGAGCUGAGCCAUCUCAGGUGGGCAGCCAGGCGGAGGGCCGCUUUGGCUGUCCCAGCAGCACGCACAGGACGCGCUUUCCGCAGCAUGCGACUGCAGAGCGGGCUGCGCCUGGAGAACCAGCCCUGCUGCAAAUACAGACGCGGUUGCCUUUCCGGCAGCCGGAGCGAGCCGGGACUGGCGGCCAGUGCUCCUCUGUGUUCCCUUGGCAGUGUCGACCGCCUGCUGCACACGCCCCUCCCUUGCUCCCCAUCGCCCCUUCCGGCGCCCCCUUCCUUGCACCUGCUUCAGCUUGUCCAGGACUCUGCCAGCCCCGUGGCGGUCCGGAGCCCCUCGGCACUUGGGUGGCCUCCUUCCGCCACGCGUCACGCCAGGGCCAGCAGCAGGCCACGAGACCGCCCGGCCCCCGGGGUCCUUCCGUGCAGCCGCCUCCCUGGCCGGGUUAGCCCCAGGGCUGGCCACCAGUCCCCGUGUCUGCCUGAGCCUGCCAGCUAAUGGCCCCACCUCCUGGCCUUGGCCUCCCCUCUCCCCUCCCCGGCCCACGUUGUGCCAAAGCCCACGCUCCCUGGGGCAGCCCAGGCAGCUCUCCCGCUCCCUGGAGCCACGCCGUGCCAUCCGGCCUCUGUCCAGGCCACAUCCCCGCAGGGGCACCUCCUCUGGCAGCCCAGGGAACGCCACUUUCUGGACGGGGCCGCUUCUCUUCCACGGGUGGCCCGUCCCCGGCCGUGCCCGCGGCCGCUGCGGCCUUCGCGCUCGCCUCGCAUCUCCGGUCCCCGCGCUCAGCCCCAGGCUUGAGGAGCACCUCUUGCACGGGCGGCCUCUGGACCUCGGCAUUCGAACCUCUCUCCUGACCUCCCGUGCAGGCUGGGCCGGGGGUGGGGGGGGGUCACGGGGUGGCCCCGCCCCCGAUCCAAGUACUGUGUGCAGUUCAAGCGCUCGCGUUCCCCUCUCGCCACGCAGGAGGGCGCUGCCGCAUCGUGCGCCUGCCCAGGGAGGCCUCCCGGGAAGGGGAGCCGCCUCCUCCGGCUUAGAAGGGCGGGUUGCUGCCUCCUUUCCUUCGGGCUGUCCUUCCACACGGCCAUCCCACUCCACUCCAGCGUUGGCAGAGAGACUUUUUGUUUUUGUCUAGUUGCUACUAACAGUCUCCCGCCCCCCAAAGUUCUUAUUUUUUAAAGGAAAUAAAAGACGUAGGAACAAGAGAGAAAGGAAGGCAGCUUCCCUCUCUCUUUCUUUCCCCGCACCCCACAACCAGUGGCAGAAGUUGGCUAAAAUAUUGUAUAAUUUCAGGUAAAUUAUUUGUAACCUGCCUCUAUGUUGUAGCCUUUCUGCAGAGACUACCUGCAAGUGAGUCUGACCUUAUACAACUAUUUAUAAGUUA